AUGACAGUCCAAUCAAUUUCUGCUCAGUACUUCCCAGAAGAGCCAAAAGCACCUGUUGUCAAAUCCACCAAAGGCAGCAGCUCUAAACAAGCAAUUGAAACUUUGGGAAAAGUGUUUGAUGCCCGUGGUGCUUACUUUGUUGCUGACUAUGGUAAAUCACAGGGUAAUUAUAUUGCUGAUGUUGAUGGGAACUUGUACUUGGACGUUUAUGCUCAAAUCGCUUCCAUUCCAUUGGGUUACAACAACCCUGCGUUGAUUGAAGUUGCAAAAUCAGACAAAAUGAUUAGAGCUAUUGUUGAUAGGCCAGCUUUAGGAAACUUUCCAGGUAAUGAUUUAGAUGAAAUUGUUUCAGAUAUUUUGAAGGUGGCACCAAAGGGGCAAGAUAAAUUAUGGUCUGGAUUGUCAGGUGCUGAUGCUAAUGAAUUGGCUUUCAAGGCUACCUUUUUCUGGUACCAAGCUCAAAAGAGAGGCUAUCAUAGUGACUUUUCACCAGAAGAAGUCGAAUCAGUGAUGCAUAAUCAAGCUCCAGGUGCUCCAGAAUUGGCUAUUCUUUCAUUUGAACGUGCAUUCCACGGUAGAUUGUUUGCAUCUGGUUCCACCACGUGUUCGAAACCAAUCCACAAGUUGGACUUACCAGCUUUCAAAUGGCCAAAAGCUCAAUUCCCAUCAUACAAAUAUCCUUUGGAGGAUAAUGUUGAAGCCAACAAAAAGGAAGAUAAAAGAUGCUUACUGAUUGUUUCUGACCUAUUCAAAACGUGGUCUGUUCCAAUUGCUGGUGUGUUGGUUGAGCCAAUCCAAUCAGAAGGUGGUGACAACCAUGCAUCUGCUGAGUUCUUCCAGAGUUUGAGAGAUAUCACAUUGAAGCAUGGUGCAUUGUUAAUCAUGGAUGAGGUUCAAACUGGUGUAGGCGCCACUGGUGUCAUGUGGGCUCAUGAAAGAUUCAACUUGCAACCACCACCAGAUCUUGUUACUUUUUCAAAAAAGUUCCAAUCUGCUGGUUACUUUUACCAUGACCCAGAAAUUACUCCAAACUUGGCUUACAGACAAUUCAAUACUUGGUGUGGGGACCCAGCUAGAAUGACCUUGGCUGGUGCAAUUGGUAAGGAAAUUGUUAAGCACGAUUUGACUACAAGAGCAUCGGAGGUUGGAGACUACUUGUACAAGAAGUUGGAAAAAUUGCAAGAAAAAUACCCAAAACACUUGCGUGACUUGAGAGGUAAGGACAGAGCUACAUUCAUUGCAUGGUCCUUGGAAAAUGGUGCAGCUAGAAACAAAUUCUUGAGUGACAUGAAGGAGGUUGGUGUCAACAUUGGGGGAUGUGCUGAAGAUUCGGUUAGAUUGAGACCAACAUUGGUAUUUGAAGAGAAACAUGCUGAUAUCUUGAUAGACGCUAUUGAGAAAGUCUUGUCAAAGUAUUAA